UGUGGUAUGAAGUCAGUAUAGCAGCAGAGCAUCCUAUGCACUCAGACCCCUUCCUUCCCCUUCCCCACCCAUCCCUACUCCCAAAUCGGCACUGUCCUUCUGCUUAGCGAGUGGAUGCUCUCAAACAGUUCUGUCUUUUGGCUUGGGGCCUCCUUUGCAUUUCAAUUUAAAGCAAAAAGCCUCUUUGCCAUUAUAGCUUUGUGCUAUAUAUGGCAGCCUCCUGCUUUGAACUGUGUCAGCACGACUGUCCUAACGUUUCACCCAGGUUUCAUUGUUUCAGGCAAAGAUGGCUUUUUUGUAACCACGAUGAAAGCGAUGCUGGAUGUAUUUAUAAGCCUUGCCUUUCUGUCAGAGGAGACAAACAUUGGACUAAGUGUUAUGAGAAUUUCAUAUUGAAUUUAUUACGACAGCCCAGUAAGGGGCUGUGCCUUUUGGUUCAUUUCCAGGUGCUGCAGAAAAUGUGUGUUUAGUUAUUUCAUGUAUUGUUAGCAUGCUAAGUUGUGAUCUUUUGAGUUAAGGCCUCAAGGUUCAGCAGUAGAGGCUGGUGAGAGUGUGGGACCAUGUCCUCUGAAUUUAAUUCUCUUCAUUAGUCCUACAGAGCCUGAGAUGGUUGAACUUCAGUUUAUACUUCUAGGAGGUCACUGUCAUUAUAGUUUGUGGAAUACUGCAAUUUCAAAGUGAUGAUCUGUUAUAGAAAAGCAUAUAAAUAAACACCUGUUCUCAGAUACUUCAUCCAGUUGAGUGGAAAUGGGGAAUAAUGAUUGUGUGUGGGAGAAGAGAAGGGGAGGGAGUAGCAUUUUGUUAUCUGUGUUUAUAACACUGUGUAGGUAACAGUAGUGAUGUUGUCCCUAGAACAAGGGUUCUCAACCUGUGAGUAGCUCCUUCCCCCACCAAAACCUGAGGCUGUAGCCCUAGAGGACAACAGUGAUUGUUCUCAUGUGAAAUUGAUGUGCUCAUUCAUUUCUUUUAAAGGGAAUACGCUCUCAAUUGGGAAGAGUCAUAGCCUAAAAGUGACAUCUCUCAGAUGUAGGAAGAGAGUUAAGGUUUGUUGGAAGAAUAAUCUCAGAGAGCAAAGGUACAGUAGGCCAGAGAGACCCUUUGGGGUAAAGUACACAGAGCAAACGUGGGGAUAAGCCAGUGUUAGUGUUUCAUAAGUGGGUACUGUGAUGUGAUCUGGAGUGUCUUUAGAGACUGUGAGCAGCUUCUUGAAGGGAUUCCACUGAGGAGCAGGAAAAGAGAAUAAAACACCAUCAGACUCAGUGUUUUGAUGGAACGCCAUGAAGUGCAAUACUGGGGAGCAGAAAGGUAUCUUCUAGACCUCGUCUCCUGAAAGCAGGCAGGAGGAAGACAUGUGGCUUCACUUUUGAGGCUUUUUGUCCCCAUGUCAGAGAAUCUGAGACCCUUUCCACUGAUACCCUCACUUCAGGGGUAUGUGUUAUUGUUCAGGUGGAAGAGGGGAAAAAAAUGAAGGCAUUUGGAGAGCCACAAAUGGACCAUGCCCCUCCCCACUGGUGAACAGGUUGAGAAUCCCUGUUUUAGAAUAUAAAGUUAUAUCUAUACUGAGCCCAUGUGGAACUCUUUGCUGCCACAAUGGGACUUGUUUUGGCAGCUCACAUCAUAUUAACACAGAUAUCCCCACAGCACACUCCAGUCUACAGUAUAGACAAAAUCCUGAUGCAAAGUAUUCAUAAAAUACAUGUUGUAUUUGAGUAAGGUGGAAAAAAAUGCCAGUAUCUACUUGAAAGAGUCUUGAAGUGUAAAAAGAGUAGUGUGUGUGACUUUAAACUCUCAUGGUUGCAGUUUGUGCAGGUCUUGGUUAAGCACGGAGUUUUGCACCCUUGUAGAAAAGGUAAUUUAAUGUUUUCUCUUUCAGGCUCCUCCAUUGCCAUCCUCCUCAUCUUGACAUUUUUUCAUGGACAUUAAAUGAAAACUUUUCUGAUAUUCAGGAAGUGACCCAGUUCUGCACCACUGAUUUUUGUAGCUAUCCCGUAAGGCUGCUGGCUGAAAGCUGUGUCUAUGCAACCUUCCAAGUGCGGAGUGUCAACCAACUGGACAGGAGAGAGCACUGCCUCCUACUCCAGAACUCAAAAAAAUAAAGCUCAUCCAGCUGUACUUCAAAAAAAAAAAUAAUUCCAUGUUUUGUAUAUAUCUGACAAAACUGGCAACAUUAUACAGACUACUGACUUGAAGACCACCUCUUUUGUAUUUCUCUGUUUCUGGGCUGAUGAGUUGGUUUCAUCCAUUUUUCCCCCUUCAGAAUUUCCCUUGGAAAAAGUACUAGCUUAGCUGGUCAUUUCUUUGUAAGGUAGUUAGAAAUUUUAAGUCUUUCUUUGGGCAACUUUUUUUUUUUUUUUUUUUUAAUGUGAAGAGUUAGGUGAUAUAAAUUUUUUACUGCUUUUAUGUUUUUCUGUCUUGUUUUGAAACCAUGACGGUUACACUUUUGGUUCCUAAAUAAAAUUUAAAACAAUUAACAGCCAAGUCACAAAGAUAAAUGGGUUGCACAUAGACUAAGGAAUAAACUUCAGAUUUGUGAUUUUUGUUUCUAAUCUUGAUGUAAAUUUACACUAUUUAUAAAUACAUAUUUAUUGCUUGAAAAUAUUUGUGAAUGGAAUGCUGUUAUUUUUUCCAGAUUACCUGCCAUUGAAAUUUUAAGGAGUUCUGUAAUUUCAAACACUACUCCUAUUACAUUUUCUAUAUGUAAAUAAAACUGCUUAGCAUUGUACAGAAACUUUUAUUAAAAUUGUUUAAUGUUUAAAGUUUUUCUAUUGUUUGAGUUUUAAAAAGAUUUUAUGUACAGUGCCCAGUUUUUGUUCUUUUUUGAAUCUGAUUAUAUAUAUUUUAUAUAUACUCUUGUGCUUGUGUAUAUAUAUAAUAUAUAUAGAAACUCGAAUAUAAAUAUGUGUAUAAAGAUUUAGAGACUAAAUUUUUCUCGUUUUAAGUUUUACAUCUAUGGUAGAUUUGAGGUGUCUACUGUAAAGUAUUGCUUACAAAAGUAUGAUUAUUUUUAAAGAAAUAUAUGGUAUGUAUCCUCAAGACAUAGAAUGACCUUCAGACUGGUUUAUUGUUAAAUUGCACUUUUUGCAAUAACAGACCAAUAAAUAGUUGCUGCCAAAAUGUAGUAGUAGAAAGUAAGUAACAGCUAAAUUUUAAAGCUCUUCAAGAAAAUACCGGCUUUGACAGGAAGUUUGGCACUAGUUUUAGAGGAGGAAUGAAGAAGAUGAAUUGGUGGGGAUGUUCUCUAGAUUUCAACCAAAUUGCAACUUAUAUAUUACAAUAUGUUCUAUUAACGAUUUUAAAAGUGAAGACUGAAUCAUCUUGGCGUCAUUGUUGACCCCAAAAAAAGGACGUUGUUUUGUGGUAUUCUAUUGUAUUUUCACAUAUUUUGUAAUACGAAUUCACUGGUAAAUUUUUGAAGCACUAGGUUUAUUUAGGACAAGUUUAUAAUAUAUCAUUGUAACAGUUUGCAGUUUUAAUGAUGGUAUUUAUUUUAAGUUGCUCCUUUCUCAUUAGCUUCUUGGAAAUGCAUUAAAUCUAAAUUUCAAAAUUGAUAGCUUUCUUAUCGAUCAGAGUUGACUGAUGCAGAGGGUUCUGCAUCGAGCAGUAUCUCAUAAUUUCUCAUUAGUGGGGUAUGUUAGUGAUUGCAUUGUUAAAUUUUUUGUAAUCAAUGUGAAGUGUUAAAGGCACAGAGCAUGUGAGUAGUUUCUUUUGAACAAAAAGAAUCGCCUCUUACGUUGUAGCUUCAAACGAAGGGUGUUUUAAUGAAGAAUCAGUACAGCUUAUCUAACGCUGUUACAGCAGUUGAACCAUAGUUAUUACUGACUUUCUUGCUAGUUCUUACAACACUUGGACAAAAGGGUGUAGAGAUUAAAGAAAAGAGUUAACAAAUGCUCUUGCCAGCAAAAUUAUCAACUAGCAGUUAGGAAGCCAGUAUUUGCAGUUCUGUAAAGAUGUAAGUCUCAGCUCUUGAUAACAAACUCUACAAAUCAUAAUUUUUUUUUUUACUUAUGUAUUUUAUGCAGUCAUAAAUAUUGUAAUCUUGACAAACCAUGCUGCAACUGAAAAGCUACUCCUUUUACAGUAGUCUUAAACCCAAAUAAAAGCAAGAUACACUUACCUCAA